UGGCGGGGUAAAGUGUCAUAUUUACUUGGAAAAGACGACUGAACUUCAAAAGUGAAAGUAACUGGACAUCGAGUAUGGCAAUGGGGUACACCUUCCAUUACACAUUCUUGACCAUAAACAAAGUGCCUUUCCAGAAAGUUGAGAUGGACUAGCAGGCCUUACUUGAUUUUACUUGACAACACGAAAGGAUGGCUGGUGAAGGAAGAUUUAACCGGAGUGGUCUCCCCAUGUUCCAUCUGCGGCGGAUUGGACCACCUGCUACAAAGCAUGGGGUGGCUGAUAUCAUGGAUUUCUUUGAAGUUACUACAAUGAUUGGAAAAAGUGCUCAAUCCCACUAUGUGAUUGAUUCAGCAUCAGAUAUGCGUCGUUUGUACAUCUCCCGGAACCAUGCCAGAGUUGUGACACGAACACCCAGCAACGAUCACAAGCUGUUUGAUGACAGCAUGAAUGGGAUGUUCAUCAAUAACUUAAAAAUUGUUCACAGUGUUGUGUUGAGUGAAGGGGACAGGGUGACAUUUGGCCAUCCUCAGGGUGCUAAAGUCCCAGGAGGUGUAAGGAAACUCCAACCUGACUCAGAAUAUCAGUUCUUGUUUGAAAAAUGUAACUGUGCAGGCCAGAUGAUAGUGAGUAAUAGACCUUCAGGUAGUGGCUGCAACUUUGUUGUUCCUGAAGUUCCGGUGCAUGCUGGAAGAUCAAGUUCCAAGAAGCGAGACAGAAACACCACCCAAACACUCACAACUGAGGAUGUCCGCAAACUUAAAGAAGAGUUCCAACAGCAGUCAUGUAGUCCUGUAUUAGCUGCCCCAUCACAACCCAGCAGUUGCACACUAGCAAAAUCAGAGGAUCAGUCAGACUGUCCUUCUCCUCUGGCUGAAGACAAUUCUACUCCUAGUGUUAGUAGUAAUGAAAGCCAACAGAACAGCAAUGGAGACGCUUUACACACAAACCUUGCUGAGGACUCGUCCACUGUUGCAACAGAGGAAAUAGGUACAGAAACUAGUGAAACAACUGCUGCCAUUGUUAAUCCUAUGGAUGGUCCACAGAAUCGUGAUGAUGCUGAGGACUCCUCCAGUGUGGCAACAUCAGAAACUAAUACGGAAACGAGUAGUACCACUAGCUUUACUACUCCCAGUGUUAGUCAUAAGGAGAGUCUACCAAAUCCUGAUGAUGCUUUAGAUGCAUGCCCUGCUGAGGACUCGUCCACUGCAGCGACAGAGGGAAUGAGUACAGAAAUUAGUGCCAGAGCUAUCAGUAUUAGUCACAUGGAGGAUCCACAGAAUCAUGAUGAUGAUGCUCCACAGACAUGUCCUGCUGAGGGAUCAUACAGUGUAGCAUCAGAAGAGAUGGCUACAGAGACUAGAGCUACAACAGAGCAGAAAACUGUAUCCGAAUUAUUGGUAGAGCAGGAUGAAGGGGAUAAUACCUCAUCUGCAGAAAGAGAAAUAUUCCUGCAACAAGAGGAAGAACAGAUUGAUGCAAAUCCUUCGGAUAAGGAUUCUGGUCCAUGUGCAGAAUGUCCUAGGAAUAGUGGUAACCUUAGUAGAGAAGACAGUUUAGAACCACCUGUGAUUGAUCCUGGUAGGAAUUCAGUUGACAGUGCUAGCCUAUCAAAAAAGGACAGCUUUGACCUAGUUGUAAAUCUUCCAAAUAACGACAUUCCAUUAUGUAGAGAAACACAUACUCACAUUUGUCCAAGUCCAUUUAAAACAAGUACCCCAAAACCAAAAAAGACUGUACUUAAUAGGCAAGUUCCAAUGAAGAAUGACACACAUGUAUAUCAAGAAAAGAAAUCCUCACAGACUUCAGCUAUGUUAGAGAAUGUAGCACAAGCAGUGCCAUUAGAGAAAGUUUUACAGAUGGAUGCUGCCAUCCAGACAUCUCCUCUCGUCCCUCUUGUUGAAGAACUUUCCUACACAGAUACACAACAAAGGAGACAGGGCUCUGCCGAUCCAGUACAAUACGAGGAAGAAGAUCCUAUCAUGUAUCAUCAAGAAGGAAAUACAGGUCUGGAGAUGUGUGACCAUGAGCCAGAACUGGAAGGGGAUCCAGAUAUUAAAUCCUGUGCAAGUCAGUCAACAGAUUCGGCAGAAUGUCCCACAGAAAUUAUUGUGCCUGACUCUAUUGAUUAUUCAGGCAUGUUUGAGGAUUCUGACAUGGACGACGACUUUUCGGAUGAUAGCAUUUCAGCGUCUGUUGGUGACAACCUAAACGAAACAAUAGAAGACUUGAGCAAAAGUAGAACUGAAGGAAACACUAAAGAGGUGUACAUGGACACUUCGGAUGUUGCGAACAAGACUGAACAUGUUCCAGAUGAUGUGAACAAGACUGCACUUGUUAUGAAUGAUUUGGAUGAGACGGAGCCCUUUUCAGAUGAACUUGACAAGACUGAAAUUGUUUCCAAUAGAAACAAUGAAGAACUUUUGAACAAGACCUAUGAUAUGUCUUGCAGUGAUGUUGAAAUGGAGGAUGAGGUACAAUUUGACAAGACAGAAAAUGUCUCAGAAAGUUUGGUGUUUACAACGGAAGUGGACCAAACUAAAAAUUUGACUGGAAGUGACUGUGAUCUCAAAGUGCCACAACUGGAUAAGACUGAAAAUAUUUCUGAGGACAAUGUUAAUGACGAUGAUGACAUAGAAAAAACUGUUGUCGAGGUAAACAGGUCUGUCACACCCGAUAAGGACACCUCUGAGAUCAAAGAAAAAGACACUGAUGUUCUUUGUGAAGAUGGUGAGGUUGAAACAGAUGUUAUCAAUCAUACCUCAACACUGUCUGAACAGAAAAAUACAGACAAGGCAUUCAAGGAUGAAGUAGCAGAUCUAGAGAAGCAACAGCUCGGCAUGUCAACAGUAGAACAAGACUGCAGCAAAUCUGUUGAUGUAGUUAUGGAGCACAUAGAUGACAUCGAUGGCAAAACAAAACUCAAUGAAGGUGAUGAAUUUGAAGAUCCAUUUGCUCCAAUCCAGCCAGCCGAACUGAUCAAGAAUGAAACUGAUAAACCUAGUGGAGAUGACGUCAACCCCAGUGAAGACGAUGUCAACCCCAGUGAAAAUAAUGUCAAUUCGAGUGAAGAUGAUGUCAAUCUGAAUGAAGAUGUCAAUCCCAGUGAAGAUGAUGUCAAUCUGAAUGAAGAUGAUGUCAAUCCGAAUGAAGAUGAUGUCAAUCCCAGUGAAAAUAAUGUCAAUCCCUAUGUAGCUGAUAUUGAUCUUGACCAGAAACCUUACCAUAACUUCAAAAUAUUGAAGGAUAUGUCCAAAAAUAUGUCAUCUAAUCAAAACAAUUCUGAUCUUUGCAAUAUUGUGGUGGAUACACAUGUGGAACAUGAAGACAGCACAAGCACUGAUCAUGAGAAUCAUGCCAUUGACAGAGAUACAGCCAGGACGAUAAUUCCAAUGGAUAUGGACACCUUGAACAAUGACAAUAGUGAUAGAGCUGACCUUGACAAGAGCGAACGAAAAACUCUGAACAGAUCUAGAGUGGAAGUCAACCAAGACGACAAUUCCACCAGUGAAAAUAUUCAACAACAAGAAGAACCUGGAGAUGUUACCUUGUACCCAGGAUGUACCCAAAUGGAAAUGGCUCGUGAUAAUCUCAGUAAUAACUUUUCUAUAAGGGCAGAUGAAGUGGAUGGAAAUGUUGUGCUGGAGAUUCACGAAGGCAACAUUAGUUGUGCAGUAGACACUGUAAAAGAUGAUAUGUUCACGCCAAGCCAACCAGUAGAAAGCCUAGAUCCAAAUUCAACAGAGCAUGCCGUAACAUCAAUGGAUCAAGAGGAAAGAAAUGGUAGUAUUGUCUUGACAGAGAAGUCAGUUGCACAUGCUCAAAUAGGAAAUUCUGACAACCAAGCAGUUCAGGAAAUCAAGCAACUACUGAUCAGCUGUGAUGAUAGUCUGCAAAAAGUAUCUGGUUAUGAGAAUCCUAGUGUAGUUGCGUCUUCUUCUAAGAACCCUGUUGUAGGAGAUACUGACACUGAGACAUGGGAACAGCAGGAAGCAACAUGGUCCAAAGUAAAAUCAAGUGAAAAGGAUGGUGAUAAUAAACAGUGUUUUAUAGAGGAUGGAAACUACAUUGACGCAGGAAAACGUGAGGAUAUCCUAGAUAAAGAAACUAUAGAAUGUAGUAUGGAUCUGUCACCUUCAGCCACUGGAAGUGUAUCAGGGUUGUCCACUGUCCCAGCCACUGCUGGAAGUAUAUCAGGGCUGUCCACUGUCCCAGCCACUGCUGAAAGUGUAUCAGGGCUGCCCACUGUCCGAGCCACUGCUGGAAGUGUAUCAGGGCUGUCCACUGUCCGAGCCACUGCUGGAAGUGUAUCAGCGUUGUCCACUGUCCCAGCCACUGCUGGAAGUGUAUCAGGGCUGCCCACUGUCCGAGCCACUGCUGGAAGUGUAUCAGGGCUGCCCACUGUCCGAGCCACUGCUGGAAGGGUAUCAGGGCUGUCCACUGUCCGAGCCACUGCUGGAAGUGUAUCAGGGUUGUCCACUGUCCCACAUUAUGCCUCUAGCAGUGAUCAUGAUUACGUUAGUGUUAAAAAACUCACACAGAAUUCCCAAGGUUAUUUCAAGGUUGUGUCUGUGCAAGGCUGCUGUGAUGGUUCUUUGGUUCAACAAGCUGAGGAAACAGAUGAUGAAAAGAGCGUGAAUAGAGAACAAAUUCAGCAAUCUGUUUGUCAAACUUCAACUUCCGAUUCUGAAGAACUCAAGGAAAGCUGUGAUAUAAGGAAACAGUAUGAUGUCAAUGUUUUGAGUUCAAAUCCUGACAAAAACUGUUUAGAAGAACAUCAAGACAUGCAAGCAGAAAAUGUGGUGUCAGAACCUCAAACAAGUGUUAGGAAUUACCUCCCGCCAAAGAUACUGGAUGAUUCUCCAUCAGAAUGGAAUAUAGAGGCCAAGAAAAAUGAAAUGACCUCUGCAGAACAGAUAUUGGAGAGUUCUCCAGCAGAUAGAAGUAUGAAGCCCGAGACCGAUGGUAUAACUCCAAUGGAAGAAGUUUCGGAGUGUUCCCCAGCAGAUGAAAGUACGAAGACUGAGGUAGAUGGUACAACUCCAACAGAAGAGAUAUUUGAGGCUUUUCCAACCGAGGGGAGUAUGGAGACUGGGACAGGCAUUGUAACCCUUGCAGAACAGAAAGUGGAGAGUUAUCCGACAGAUGGUAAUGUGCAGGCCAAGACAGAUUGUAUGACCCCUGAGGAACAGAUACUGGAAUGUUCUCCCACAGAGGGGAGUGUGGAGGCUGAGACAGAUUGUAUGACCCCUGAGGAACAGAUACUGGAAUGUUCUCCCACAGAGGGGAGUGUGGAGACUGAGACAGAUUGUAUGACCCCUGAGGAACACAAGGGUUUUCAGACAGAUGGGAAUGUGCACACUGACACAGAAUGUACCACUUCUUCCAAUCAUAUACUUGGAGAAUCUCUAACAGAUGGAAGUAUGGAGGCAAUAACCCCUGAGGAACAGAGUCUGGAGGGUUCUAGGACAGGUGGAAGUAUGGAGACUGAGGUAGAUAGUAUGACUCCCAAAGAAACUGUUUUAGAGCUUGAGGCUUUCCCAACAGAUGGAAUUAUGGAGGCCAAGAUGGAUGGUACAAACCAUGAGGAACAAAUAUUGGAGGGUUGUCCAGCAGAGGGGAGUGAGGAGACUGAGGCAGAUGCCAUGACCACUGUGGAAAAGAUUCUGGAGGCUUCUAUUACAGAUGGAAGUAUGGAGACUGAGGUGGAUGAUACAAUUCAAACAGAAAAGAUAUUGAGUUCAAAUGGGAUUAAAGAGGCUAACACAGGCAUUAUGGUCCAAGCAGAACCAAAAAUGGAAGAUUUUCUGACAGAUGGGAAUAUGCAGGCCAAGACAGAUUGUAUGACCCCUGAGAAACAGAUACAGGACGAUUCUCUUACAGAGGGGAGCGUGGAGACCAAGUCAGAUUGUAUCACUCCUACUGAACAUGUACUUGAGGGCUCUCCAAUAGGUGAGAGUAUGGAGACUGAGUCAGAUGGUAUGACCCAUACAGAAGAGACACUGGUGGGUUUCCCAGGAGUUGAAAGAAUGAAAGCUGAAAGAGAUGGUAGGAAUCCUUCAGUACAGAUACAAGAAGGUUUUAUGACGAAGUGGAGAAUGGAGCCCAAGAUGGACAAUAUAACUGCUCUAGAACAGGAACUUAAGAAUUCCCCAACAAAGGAGAGUGUAGAAGCCGAGACAGAUAAUGAAUCUGACAUUUGUGAUGUCUCCAAACCUUGCUCUGCUGGUAGUACCUCACCAAUUUCUAAAAACAUUUGGGCCCUACAAGACUUCGGCAAGAGUAUCUCGCCCCUAGCUAAGACCACAGAAAACAGCAGUGGUGAGGAAGUGUUUAUGUCUCCUGCCAGCAAGAGACGGAGAGAUAGAGAUGAUGCUUCAGACAUGAUUAGUUGUCUUGAGGAUUCUAUGAUAUCUGUUGACAAUAUUUCAGACCUUCAAGAUGUCUCCAUGUCCACGCAGGAGAUAAAGGACAUCCCUCCCGUGUUUAUAUUAGACAAACAAUUUCUGGAAGAGAACUACGAUGGAGAAGAUCAAACUAAUUCAAGCAAAUCUAUCUUGAUGGACAACUGUGACAGAGAGGACCAAAAAGUUACUAGCAGCACGUUAAUCACCGGACAGGUUGUUACUGAGACCAGUGUUUCGGACACUACACAGACAAAAGAUCAUGUAGAAAAGUUAACAACAAAUGAAAAGUGUAUCCUCCAGGAAAAAGGUUCUUGUGAAUUAUCCACAAAGAAUGACCUAGUCAAUCAGGAAAGCAUUGUCAAUGUUCAUGAAAACAGAGACAACAUGUUGAAGGAAAUGACUUCUGGAAGGUCAAGUACAGACAAUGACCAGUUUGUAGCAAAUGAGGGGUCUGGAACGGAAGAGAAAUUAUCCAAUAAAGACAAAAGUGCAGAUGUUACUGGGAUGGAUAUAGAAUCUACAUCAGAAGGCAAUGUCAAAACAGAAAACUGUGUGACUUCAGAAGGAAGCUGUGCUGAUUCCCAUCAGGAAAGUUCAUUGGAAUUCAGCAGCUUGCCACAAACAGAUAGUUACACCUCACAAUUUAGUGAAAGUGACCUGGUAUGUCAAUGGGAAGUGGACAACCGAAAAUUGAAUAGUGCCAGUUCAAUUGAAGGAAACACUGUUGGUGAUCCAAUGGAUGAACUUUGCCCAGCUGAUGUGUAUGUGUGUGCCACCGCAGAUGUGACUGCUACUGUGUCAACAAAUGGGUCUGCUGUUAUAUCGGGUGUGUCAACAGAGGUGUCUGCUGUUGUGUCAGAAUAUGUUUCUGCAAUUUUGUCAACAGAUGUGCCAAAUGUGUCUGCUGUUGUGUCAACAAAUAGGUCUGCUAUUGUGUCGACUGAUUUGUCUGCUGUUGUGUCAACAGACACGUCUGCUGUUGUUUCAGAAGAUGUACGUGUAUCAGAGGAUGUGUCAACUGGUGCUACAGCUGGAGUGAAAACCCAUGUCGAGGAAGCAGUCCAGAAUGUAGACACUAGGUCUCCAGAAGUGACUGCUAAAGAAGAGGAUUUGGUUGAUGAAGCAAAAGAGAUCCAGCCUUCAGGACAAGAGAGUUUGUGUCCAGACACUAACAAACAAUGUGCUGAUGUCGUGAUGAAGAAACCUUGUUGUGAGAGCAUUGAAACCUUAGAGCAUGAUACCCAGAUGGACAUCAAGGAUUCGUGUUCAGUGAAGACAAUUGAGGAAACCGAUCAGCCGUUAGUCAAAUAUUACAGCAGUAAACUUGCUCCAAAAAAGAGAAAGCGGACAUUUUCAGAUAGCACCUCUGAUGAUGAGAGUAACACAGGAAAGAAAAAAAGGACUGCAUGGUAUCAAAAUGUGAAAACUACUGUGUCAAACUUUUUCAACAUCAGACACAAAGUACUGUCUACCAAAAAGUCAGCCUGUACAAAACGGAAGCUGAAGAAAGAGAAUAUUGCCAAGAUAGUUAAGCAUUUCUUUUCAUAUAAGAAGAAACAUGCAGAGUCACAGAGGAUAUCAGCAGAUCGCACUGAUGAUUCACACACGAUUUCUGUGGAUGCAUAUAGUGAUACUGGUAACAUCGAAGGAGAAGCUGACAUGGAGUGUCAGAUUACUUCAAAAGAACGAGAAAAUAUAGACAAUGCUUCUGUACAAAACACUUGUGAACAUUUUUCUGAAUCUAGCAAUUGUGUCUCAGGUACAAACUCUGUUUUGACUUCGACAGAAUCAUCUGAGCAGAUAUCGGCUCGCCCAAAGGACAAAGAGUCUGACACAGGGUGUGAGGAACUGAAGGAAGUAUCGGCUUGCUUGACAGAUCUGGCUCACAAAGUGGAAAGUGAAGAAUUCAAGGUGCUCUCACCUCAAAGCAGCCAAGAUGAAUCUUUUAAAAUUCUGGAUGAAAAUGUGAACGAAAUGAUGACUGAUAGUGAUGGUCUACAUGACGGCCUUAAGCAUGAGGAGGCACCUGUAGUUGUCGAUGAUUGCCACAUUGGAAACUUAUGUAUGUCAACAGAAGGUUCUCAUAUUGGUGCUACAGAAACUCUACAAGCAUCAAGUGCCGAUAUGGAAAUUGAAAGUGAAGAGAAAAUCCAGAGUGAGGCUUCUGAACCUAGUAACCCAGAAAACAGCAGUAGCCAUGGUGGUGUGGACGAUCAUAUGUCUAAUGAUUCUGAUGUUUCAGGACAAUCCCAAGGAUUCAGUCCUUGUCUCUCAUCAGAAUCAAGAGAUGAAGGUAGCAACCAUCCUGAAAACUUUGACACUCAAACUACCCAAACAUCUGUGGAUGACAACAAGAACAUGGAGACUGAUGUACAAAAGUAUAUGGAAGCUGAUGCAUGUGACAUAACAUCAAAUGAAAACAUUUUGGCAAGGUGCCAAGAAAAAGAUGAGAACAGAAAUAUAGAUUUCACCCUUGAGAAACUGUCUGCAUGUUCAGAGGGUUCAGAUUUAUCCUUUGCUGACUCGCAAGUAGAAAAUUCCGAAUCUCUGCUGGCCCCGGUGGAAGCAUUGGCAUAUUCUACAAAUCAGACCCAGGCCUGUGGAGACACUGAGGAAGACCACGCGAGUAAUGAUUCUGAUUCUGAAUCACUCUUGGCUCCAGUACCUCCUGAAAAAAUGGAAUCAUCAACCGAAUGUGAGAGAAAAUUGACAUCAGCUUCAAACCAGGAGAGAAGAAUGUCAGAACUUUCAACAAAUACAGAAAAUGAUGACACACACCAAUAUUGGGAUAAUCACGCAGGAUCUACAUCUGACUCCGAUUCACUGGUAGCUUCAGUUGUCCACACAGGAUUGAAGUCUCCCGUGAAGGCAGUAGGAAGUUAUAUGAAAACAGAGAGUCAAACUCUGGCGGGGAAAAGUCUCCUCAGCAGCAUCCCUAUGCUGGAUCCCGAGGGAAAGACAUACAGCCUUAGUGACAUGGACUCCUCAGACAUCUCAAUAAUCACGCUUAGAAGUUCUGAGGAGCUGGAGUGCUGGGGAGGUAAUGAUUCGACAGAGGAUGAUGUGAAAGGCAGAAGUAAUGUGCUGGACAAAAAGCAGAACGUUGGACCUAAAAACAAGUUCACCUUUAUAAAAGAUGAAUUGGUGGAAUCGCCAAUACCAGUUUCUGCAGAAUUUGGAAGGGACAGACAGUUUAUGUCCAAGUUGUCAGCAGAUAAGAUAAAUAGUCCAGAAAUCUGUGGAAAUAAUUCUGAAUUGUCACCAGAUUACACACCUCCUGAUGAAAUCACCAGUGAUCAGAUGGAUUCCAUGGUAACUGUUAACAACUCAGAACAGAAUACAGAGUACACAGACGUGAGCUCCAUCAAUUACUGUCCACUCCCCGACUUCGAGACUGAUUCCUCAAUAGAGAUCACCGCAUCUGUAGUGGAAAGAGUUCCUUUGUAUGUAGCUUCUAGUAAAACUGAAAUCGUGAUAUCUGACUCCAGUGAUGAGCUACCUGAGGUUAUGUUUCUGAGAGAAGAAAGGAAAAAAACAAAUGUUCAUGUUAAGUUCGAGUUCACAGAUGAAGUGAUUGUAAAACAAGAGAUAGUAUCACGGGGAUGUGAUUCUACUGGAUCCACUACCAAGGACAUGGACAUGGGCUCAAAGCCAGUGGUACAGGCAGGCCUGGACUCACCACUACAGACUCAAAAAACCACAUCAUACUUGCCUGGAAGGGUUUUAAACUCACCAAUGUCAGAGUUGAGCACAAAUACUCCAUUGUCUAGUUUAGAGGAUCAGCCAGUGGAUAAGAAGAAAAAUUCACCAAGAAAAAGGACAAAAAAGCGAUCACCUGUCAAAUGUAAAGUCGAAAUGCCAGAAAAGAAGCAAAAUACACCGUCGAAAUAUAAGCGACGACCCCGAAGAAAGAAAAACAAAAGUGGAAACUUGAAGUGUUGUUAUGAUGACAUUGAACUUAUAACAGACAGUGACUCGGAUGAUGAUGGUCCUUCAAAUUCAAAGUUCUCAAGUCCAAUGAAAUCAGCACAGAAGAGGAGUAUGCUGAACCAGAUUGAGACCAGAUUAGUGGGUCUCAGUCCUGCCCAAAGCUCCAGUAAAUCUAAUGACCUUCAGGAUGACCUGGGCAUCGACCUGGUGGAUGACCUCCAAGUUGGCCAUCAGAAUGACACUGGCCGAGAAUCAUCAGUUCAAGAUAUUUUCAAUUCUGAAGAAUUUUGUGAGGAUUCUUCACUGCCACCCUCCUCGUUCAGUGAAGAAGUGUUUGGGACCAACAAGGCAUUAGAUGCUGCCGCCACGGAAGAAUCAUCCCCGUCCAUUGAGGGGGAUGAUCUGCACACAGCCAUUGAGGGGGAUGAUAUGCACACAGCCAUUGAGGGGGAUGAUCUGCACACAGCCAUUGAGAAGGACAAGGAACUGGAAUCGGAUAAUACCACUCUCAUUAAGGACAGUAAGACAAGCCAGGCCCCUGCUGAUGAUAGUGAUGAAUUUUCAUGCCAAGGUGACCCAACAAUAGGUGAUUGUCUAGAGGAAAGCAUGGAUGAUAAUGACUCUGUCCCUUCCUCUAUCUCACCUCCUCCUCAAUCUCCAGAUGAUGGUGAUGAUGAUGUGAUUCCUAAUACGUGCGAUGAAGACGAUGACAUGGAUAUGAACAUACAUGUUCUCCCUCCCCCGUCCCCUUCGGAGCCGCUGGGCGAUGUUACUCCCUCCCAAUGUCUGUCACCUGUUUUCCCAGAUGUAACAAAGACAUUUGACAUACAAGCCAGGACAGGAGAGGGGUCUGUGGAAGGUGCUUCGAAAAUGUUUGACUCGGAUGAAGAAUUCAGUAUUCCUGUUAUGGAUUGGGGAGCUUUCGAGGACAGUGAUGAAAAAAUGAAUGAGGAAUCAAAAUCAUCUAUGGAAGAUGUAGAUGAUCAUGAAAUACAAGAUGUAGAGGAUAAUAGAAAUGAUGAUGCUAGUCCCACGAUCUCUCCGGGACACAACUGUAGGGAUCACUUCAGUGACAGUGAAGAGACAGAUAACAGGUCCAUUACUACUACACCUCGACCAGACGAUUUCACCAUGCCCUCAACAAGUACAAGCUUUAAGAGACCUGCAUUGUUCAAUGAGGAUGAUGGAGAAAUGGACGAAGCUCCAUCACCAAAGCGAGCAAGAACAAAGUGUACAAGUAGAAUGGCUUUUAAGAAAAUUUCUCCAGCCAGCAAGUUGAAGAAGGCCUUUGACGAAGACAUGUUGAUAAGUACACAGUGCCCUCUUGUAACAGACAUGAGUGAAAGCGAAUUUGAUAAUGCAUCUAGAAAGCUCUUUUCUGUGAAGAAUACAGAAGGAUCGGCUAAGAAGAGAAAAGCUAAAGAAUUUUUAGUUAACGUUCAAGCUAAGUUGAAAAAAUACAAAACUAAGAAAAAAGCUACGCCUGUGCAAUCAGAAUCUGUCUCGUCUAGUCAGGAGACACCUGGAGAAAUCCCUGUUGCUAGCUCAGUUCAGCGACGCAUUCAUACUGAGGCUGAGGUGUCCAACGGCAGAAUAGCUGACUACUUGACAAGAUGUAAAGAUGUAAUCAGUAAGCUGCACCUGGCUCUGAAUGGACCUAGACUCAGCACCUUUCCCCGAGUGUCACAGUGGAGGAAAGACCUGUCAGAGGUGGAGGACAAAACACUGUUACCCAAGACGACAAUCGCAGUUGUUGGGGAUACCGGUUCUGGGAAGUCCAGCCUGAUGAAUGCAGUAAUAGACCAACACAACACUCUACCUACGUCGGGGAUGAGAGCCUGUACAGCCGUAGUAGUGGAGGUCCUAGCCAACACCACUAGCUCCAACUUUGAGGCAGACAUCACGUUUCUGUCUCACAAGGAGUGGUUUGAUGAGCUCCAACUAUUGAUAUCUGACUUGACCACAGCUGAUGGAAAGUUGAAGAAGAGUGUGCCUGACCAAGACUCUGAAGCUGGGGUGGCCUUCCUCAAGGUCAAGGCUGUGUACGGCAAAGUCGACACCAUGGCAGCUUUGUCACGCUUGACUGCUGUCACCAGAAUGUUAGACAAUGUCAAAACUAUCAGGGCUACCGAUCCAAAAUUCUUCAGACAACUGAUUGACCGGUACAUAGAGACGGCUGACCCAGGAGCUGGUGGUCAGUUUUGGCCAAUCGUGAAGCAAGUCACCAUACGCAUGCCCAACUGUGAUGCCUGUAGCAGUGGAGCUGUCCUUGUAGAUCUGCCAGGUGUACGCGAUUCCAACGCUGCACGUGACCAGAUAGCGAGAAAUUACCUGAAGAACUGCACAGUUGUGUGGGUGGUAGCAGCUAUACAUAGGGCCAUCAAUAACAAGACGGCCAAGGAUAUGCUGGGGGAGAACUUUCGGCGUCAGCUCCUUAUGGAUGGGCAGUAUGGCAGUGUAGCCUUCAUCUGUACAAAGUCUGACGACAUCAUGCCCUCAGAGAUAAUGAGGAACCUGAACUUACAUGACGCCUGCGAGUCAUCAGAAACUGAGAUACAGUCUCUUUUAGAGGAAAAGGAGGAAGCUGAUAGAACUAUAAGAAAUCUGAAGAAAGAAAUCCGAGGUAUUGGAAAAGAUAUCAAAGAGCUGACCAGUGAUAUAGCAGACAUGAAGGAAACCAUUGAGGAAACAACCACUGCCCUAGACGGAGAUGUCAUUGAUCUGGACGGUGAAGGGGCUGAUGGGAUGGAGUCACUGAAGGAGUUACGACUUGUUGUGCUGGAAAAAGAGGAAUCUCUGAGGACGCUACAGGGCGAGAAGGCCGACAAGGAGAAGGGGAUGGACAAGGCCACGCGGCAGUCUCUGGAAAAUGACAAGAAAAUUGAGUUGAAAAGAAAGGAGAUAUCAGCGUUUUGUGCCAAGGCCAGAAAUGAUUACUCCAAAUCCCAGAUCAAACGCGAUUUCAAGGCUGGACUCCGGGAGAUGAAAAGAAAGGCUGGGUUGACCAAUGAGGAUGAUGAAAUGGAAGAUGAAGAUCAGGAUUACAACAGUGACGAUGAUGACGAGGAGAUAGGUCAAACUGCAGAAAACCUUAAGGUGUUCUGUGUCAGCUCCAUGGAGUACCAAAAGAUGAAAAACCUCCUCACUAACGACGGACCACCUAAUGUAUUUAGUUCUACAGAAGAAACACAGAUUCCAGUGUUGCGCCGCUACAUCCACGAGCUGACAUCCGUAAGAAGACAACAGCAUGUAGACAGGUUGAUCCGUACCCUUGGACAGUUUGUGUUUGAUAUACAGAGUUACAUCAUGGCUGAUGGCACCACGUGUAAAGGAACUCGGAGAGAUGCUAAGUCAGCUGUUGAAGAAAACUCUAAGGAGUUGCAGGAGAAGUUCGAGCCAGUUUUAGCACGCCUCAGUCACGAAAUAGAACAGACCUUCUUCAACAGUAUAGAGACCAAGAUGGCCGACGGUACCGCUUCUGCAAUGUCUUCUGCCAAUGAUACUGCUUCCAAGUGGGGAGCUAAGCAAAAUAAAGAAGUUAAAGCAGACGGAGGACUCCAUUGGAAGACAUACCAGUGUGCAGUGAGACGCCAGGGUGUGUACAACUCCAAAACCUUCGGCAACAUUGACUUUAAUGAACAAUUAUCAGAGCCCAUGUACAGAUGUAUCAGUGUCUGCUGGGAUAAAGUUUUCAGUGGCCUGCUGUGGAAAGCCUUGGAGGACUGCAAGAGUCUGCUGCUGAUGACCUUGACCGUUUUCGUGAGGGAUCUUUGUGAUAAGCUCAAUAACCUGGAAGUCCCUAGGAACCAGACUGAUCGGGCCAGCACCCAGCUGUGUCAUAGUACUAAAGAUAAGCUGGCAGAGAUGCUGACAAACCUAAAGGAGUUGGUUUUAUCCCGUCAGCGUGAUAUCAGCCGUGUCAUCACUCCGACUGUCAAGGAUAACCUGGAUCAUAUUUAUAAUUACUGUGGAGGGGAGGCAGGCUCAGGGAUGUUUAUGAGGAUGAAACAGGCCAUGGAAGAAGGGGUGGACUACAAACGUCGCAGCAUGUUUGAUCAGGCCUCUCACUUGCUGCUUCAGGAACUGGAAGAGCUUAAGGUGGAGAUUGUGUCACAUGUGCGUUCCGUGUGUGUGUCGCUGUGUCUCAUGCUUCAGGCCGCGUUUGAACCAUUAUGGGAGGCACCAAGUCAAACAAAGCUGCUCAAGGAUAUCCUGUUUGAAAGUGUGACAGAUGCUGUAUUGUCUGUGACUGGUCUUCACACGGAUGCAAACCUCUCUCUGCCUGUCGCACCAGCCCGAGACUCGUCUCCCGAUCAGGACAGUCCUACCCCAGCCGAUCAGAUAUUAUCUGACUCGGCUAAUCAGGAUCCGAAUGUCAAUGUCUCCUUUCCUGGUCCCUCUGGCCUACAGGUUGCCAACACGACUCCUGUUGGCCCCCAAAUGUAUACAAUGACCUAUGGAAUGACACAAAAGUUGGUGACUGAUGCCCAUGGCAAGGCUCAGCACGUUUCCAUGGAAACAUCAAAGUCUGCACAAGUGACAGAUGUGUUGAAGCACCUGAAGCAGGAGCCAGGGUCCACCAAACUGCUAUCCAACACUUCAGUAAAAAAGGAAAGGGAAGCCUCCAGCAACUUCGCAGAAGUUUCGGGACCUGAGCUGAGAUGGCUGCAGAAUACCUUACCCAACCUGGAUCAAUAUACAGAAAAUGUGUCUUCUGUGGGGCAGUCUAAUUCUGGACCAAUACGUAUGAACUCCUCGGACAUAAGUCAACCUCAGCAUGGAAUACAGCCUGUAAGAUCCCCAAGGUCUGGACUUUCACCUCGAGUCUCCUCAACCAUAACCCAGCCCCAGUCUGGAUUAUUUUACCGAGUCUCCUCAGCCAUAAACCACCUUGCAGGUAGUUCACAGUCUGGUGGAACCCCCAGGUCUGGAUUUUCGCCUCGAGUCUCCUCAGCCAUAAACCAUCCUGCAGGUAGUUCACAGUCUGUAGAAACUCUGAGGUCUAGACUUUCACCUCGAGUCUCCUCAAUAAUAACACAGUCCAAGGAAGGGACACAGUCUGGACUGUCAUCUCAGAUCCUGUCAAGCUUAGCUCAGUCACAGUCUGUAAAAAACCCCAGGUACAGUGAUCAUUCUGAUACAACACAGGUUGUUACAGCACCUCCAGACAGGAUUGUGAAACGUAAUAGUUCUACCACCACUGGUGUUCAUCAGUCAGCAGACGGUACUGCCAGGCGACAGGGAACCAUGGGUCUAGGUGACAUAUUGUAUUCUACUGUUACGAAUCACUUAACUGACAUGUUGGUUCCUUCUGCGCAAAAUUGUAAGUCUGCGUCCACAUCUCAACCUGCUAACAGUGUAAGAGAGCAGACUGUGUCAGCCAUGAACAGCUUAUUGCAAAAGGGUAUUAGUAUUACUAAUCUAUCAGGAGUAGCAACAUCAGGAUCAGCACUGGGGGCAUCAAGAUCACAAGGAAAUCAACAGACAAUGCCAAAAGCAGGUAAUUUCAGCUUGCAACCUGGAGGCUGCAAAAAUGUCCAGCCUCAACCUGGGAUAAAAAGAGGUAACAUUCCGCCUUUGUCUCCCAGAAAUAGCCAAAAUCAACAAGCUACAAACAUUCCUACUGCAGUACAAGUGGGAAAAAAUAUCUUAUCAGCAUUGAGUUCUUCAAAUGCCUGUAAAACGCUGGUAUCAAUAGUCAACAAAAGGUUGGUAACUCAGCUUCAAACCAAACACCAACAAUCCUCCUCCACAAGUUCUAGUAAUUCAUUCAGUGCUUCACCAUCGACAAGUGAUAGGAGUCCUACCUUUACCAAUUGUCCACCUGUCACUGGAACAUCAUCUUCUAACAGGGGAAGGUUAAGGCUCAGUUUGAGGAAAACCUCUGCUCCUGAAUCUCCAUUGAACUCCUGUACACGCAUCAAACAGGAGCCGGUAGAGAGGGACACUGGCCAACAACGAAGGGUCAGGAGGGCCAACAAUAGCAGCCUUGGAUUAAUAAAUUUGUGUGACAGCAGCGACAGUGAAAACUGACAACCAGAGAAACCACAAAGACAGAUACAGCAGUGUAAUCCACACAAAGACAUAUACAGCAGUGUUAAUCGUACAAAGAUACAGAUACAGCAGUGUAAACCACACAAAUAUAGAUACAGCAGUGUAAAUCACACAAAGAUACAGAUACAGCAGUGUAAUCCACACAAAGACAGAUACAACCAUGUAAACCACACAAAGACAGAUACAGCAGUGUAAUCCACACAAAGACAUAUACAGCAGUGUUAAUCGUACAAAGAUACAGAUACAGCAGUGUAAACCACACAAAGAUAGAUACAGCAGUGUAAAUCACACAAAGA